AUGAAUUUGGAGGACUUGAAAAGUGCUGCUCGGAGACAUAUCCAAGCCAUCACCGCUAUCCACCCUACGCCGGCUUUGCCCAGAGCCUUCCUUUCCAGAGAGGCCCGAAGCACAAGCUUAGCGUCUCUCGUUGAGAACCUUGAGGUCUCAGCUUCAGCAAGAUCUACAUCUCAAUUGUUUGAAAACAUCAUUGUGUUGAACGUGUAUCUCGCUGAGGAAGGUAACCAGCUUGAACGUGACUAUAGACACAACCGCCCGGACAAAGAUGCAGCAAUCUUUCUUCGCAAAUGGGUAGCUGGAGCUGUCCUACCCACCGAAGCUUUUGCAGAGGCUUCGCCAUAUUCAAUAAAAGAAAAGGCAACGCUCACUCCUGAUGAAGUCGCCAAAUAUCAUGCCAUGAGCCUAUCAGGCAUACUACUAUUGUCUCGCUUAGAGAAUAUUGAGCCCCUGUCAGAAGACGAGUCUGUUGUGACCAUUCUCACAUGCCUGGCAUCAUUCACUGAUCUGAACGAUCCUUGGACCUAUUCGGAAGCCAAGGACCAUGCACGUGUCAAACCGCUCUUUGCAAAAACCAAGAAUCCGGCAAUUACACAGCAGGGUCGGAAAGCCAUUGAUCCUCUUCCAAGCGCGGCUACAGCUCAUAGUGAUCUCGAUGGUGAAACUAAACCCUGGAAGUACCGCGAUGCUUAUAUUGUCACUGUUUUCCAAUGGGGUUUGAACCAUUUUGAUGAAUCGUCAGUGCCGGCGAACUGGCCACUGAUCAUCCCCCCACUUCUUGCACUAAUCGAUGACUCUUCAACUAAGUACAAAGUCAAAGGCUGCAGCUUCCUCGCCAUUUUCCUUCAGAAGUGUCCUUCGCGGCUACUAGAGCGUACCGGCCUCGGAGAAAUAUUCGAAAACGCCGUAAUGCCGUACCUAAUGUCCUUGCCGUCACUAACAGAGGAAGCUGAAUCUCUGCAGCUGCUGAAAGCAGCCUAUCCCGCACUGAUCUCCUUGGCUUUUGUCCGGUUCCCUGGUGAAAAGCAUCGACCUGCAAGAAUCAAAGCACUGGACAAAAUUCUUCGAAAUGGGAUAUUGAAAGGGUAUGCGUAUGCUGGAGAGCAUGUUAAAAUAGCAGAGUUCUUGAUCAACGAAAUGGCAGUCCUUGUGAACGAGCUGGGUGUUGAAUCUAUCAAACAUCUAAAGCAUGUUCUUCCCUUGCUGACUGGCAUCUUGGCUGCACCAUUUGCUACAGCCUACCCGCCUCUGCUUCAAGCUUCUGUGAAAGCAGUACAAACGAUCAUUGUCGCUGAUUGGCCUCGCAUUGCUCAUCAUAGGGGCGAGAUCUUGAAAGGCUUGACAGUCUGCUGGUGCCGUAUUGGAUUUGAGGAGGCGCAAUGUCAGGAGCUCAAGCAAGUGCAAGAGAGCAUCGAACGAGCGGUGCAGCUUUUGACAUGCGUACUGAUGGGGAAAGUCCUUUUAGUAGAGGAAUACCAAACUCUGAUUGACAGCGACAGCAGACUUCGAGAUCUAUUGGUGGUCUAA